CUGGUUGAUAUCCGGGUUAUAUUUUAACUGUUCCACCCUCGACCCCCCGUGUCUUCCUUCCGUCUGCUCAUCUUCCAUCGCCGCCAUCGCCUCCUCCAUCUUUUCCAUAGCGGUGCUUCCAAUCGUUGUUCCUCUCGCUGUGUUGCGGUCUAGCAGGUACUGCUCCCGCCACCAGCUCCACGAGUUGCCUGAAUGCCCUGCCUGUAACCAUCAAUUCACAAGGUUGGUUUCCCACAGCAACUUCAAGACGUUCUCAAUUGUUUGCCUGAACAAAUCAUUCCAACAUGAUAGGUUCUAUCAAUGAAAAACCAGUUCGCUUCUCUCAUUCUGAUGGCAUUCUGGCUGUUAAGGAGGCAAGCUUGGUCGAAGAUUUGCAAGGAGUGCAAAAGUACCGAAAAAGGUUGUCAAAUAACAAAAAGAGAAAGAAGAUAGUGGUAUCCCCUUAUUUUGCGAAAGGAAACUAUGUUGAGAAAGAGCACAAGGUGAGACAUAAAAAAAUCAGAAUGGUGGAUGCUCAAAACACAGAAAUGAGAGUGAAUUCCCUCUAUCGGACCACAAAUCAUGAAGUUUAUAAGAAACUAGAAAAGGGUAUUGAGAAGAACAGCGGAGAGGGGGGUAGACAAGAUGUCGACCAGAGAGUGUUAUCUCCUUACUUUAAUAAAGCAAAUAAUGCUGAAGCUAGAAAAAAUGUACUAAAGAGAAGGAAGAGGACGAAGGGAAAGCAGAAUGGACAAAAUGCUGAAGAGAAGGUGGUAUCUCCUUAUUUUCAGAAGGCAUAUGAUGUUAAAAUUACUGUUGGCAAGCUUGGAAAGGUGAAAACCAGAACAGGGGGUGCACAUAAUACAGGUAAGACAGUGGCUUCUCCUUAUUUUAUCAUAAAUAAUGAAGAGGAAAAGGAGAUGAUGGAGAAGAGUCGAGAGAGGCAUUGGCAAGAUGCUGAAAAGACAAUGGUUUCUCCUUUUUUAAGCAAAGUACAUGGUCUUGAAGUCAGUGAUGAGAAUGAGGGACAGAAGAGCAAGAGGAAGAAGCGAAACACGAAUGUACAUGAUCCCAGGGAGAGGGUUCUAUACCCUUAUUUGGAGAAAGAAAAUGAUGUUGAAAAUAGUUCUGAAAGAGAGGGCAUCGAGAGAAAGAAGAAAAGCAGAAUGGGGAGUGCAGAAAAUAGAGUGAAUUCUUCUUAUUUUCCCAAACGUUAUGGAGACUAUGAGGAGGAGAAUAAGGAGAGCAACCAGAUGAGUAUAGAUGGAGAAGAUGCCAAAAAGAGAUUGGUAGGUCCUUAUUUAAACCGAGUUAUUGAGGUUGAAGCUAAUGACGAGAAAGACAUAAAGGCCACAAAGAAGAGAAGCGAGGAUGGACAACGUGUUGAAGAGAGAGUCAGAUCUCAUUGUUUCAAUAAGGUUGAGCUGCAGAACUACUUGCAUGGAGGAGUACUUGCUGACUGUACUGAACAGAUUGUGUUGAGCAGCAAGGAAUCAUCUCAGCAUAUGGGUUGUCAAGAAUGUGCAGCAACUGCUUACAGAAGAAAUUUAGAAGCUAUGUUUGCUAGAUUUGAAUAUAGAGUCAAUGAUACCAGGAGUUAUUAUAAGGAAAGUAAACAUCAGAAACCAGAAGCUGAGUUGCAUGAUGAGUUUACUUGUGUGCAUAUUAAUGAGGAAGGUAAGAAUUGGGAGAUGGAACCUGAGGACACUAAAGGUAAGGAGGAUUGCAGUGUUUCUCCCUAUUUCCAGAAAACCACCAGACAGCAAACAGAUGCUAGCGGAAGACGAAAGCGAAAAGUAAAAGCUCCGAAACCACAUAUGAGGCCUGAUAUUACUGUUCAGAAAGUUUCCCCUUACUUUCAGAAGGCACCUGAGGCUGAAGAAUGUCACAGUUCGAUUAAUUGCAAAAAUCGGAAGAGAAAGAAGGACAAGUUGAAAAAGAAUGUUCUUUCUGCUUCUGAGAAGUUUAAUGAGGCAUAUAGAAGGAAAAGCCCCGAUAAUAUGUGGAAGCCACCACGAUCUGUGUACGCACUCCUUCAAGAGGAUCAUGCACAUGACCCUUGGAGAGUUUUGGUGAUAUGUAUGCUCCUUAAUGUGACAACUGGCUUGCAGGUUAGAAGAGUUUUGGAAGAUUUCUUUACUUUGUGUCCCAAUGCUAAGGCUGCUACUGAGACCCCCGAGGAGGAAAUUCAGAACGUGAUAAGAAGUCUGGGUCUCUAUAAGAAGAGGGCUCAUAAGAUACGCCGUCUCUCGCAGGAGUACUUGGAAGAGACAUGGACUCAUGUGACUCAGCUUCACGGAGUAGGAAAAUAUGGGGCGGAUGCAUAUGCAAUAUUCUGCACAGGCAUGUGGAAGCAAGUGAAACCUGAGGAUCACAUGCUAAAUUAUUACUGGGAAUUCCUUGGUAAUGGAGUUGAUGCCUUGUGAGUUGUUCUGGGUUGCUUGAUUGCUUGGCCAUGGUGUGUAGAUUUUGACUGGUCGCGCUCAAACUCAGCUUUUGUUCUGCAUGAUGAUAUGCUGUUAUGUCUUAGCAUUUGACCAUGGCUGAUGCCCCUUUCUCCUUUAGUUUUGAGUAUUAGUGCUAGUGGUGCAGGAUAACUUAAACCUUAGCUCAAUGUGAUCAUUAACGUUUCUUUCCCAUCUCUCCUCCCGUCCUUUUCUUUCAAUUCCUUUCCUUUCAAAUUUCACUUAAAUAAGAGUAACUACAAGAUGCUCCAAAUGGAUCAAGGAUGCAUCAUGUGCCUAUUUAUUUGAUUAGGUCGAAAACCCGU